AAUGUUCCUAAGGAAAACGAAGAAAUGGAGCAACCCGUGCAGAACGGAGAGGAAGACCGCCCUUUGGGAGGGGGCAAAGGCCACCAGCCAGAAAGAAAUCAUAGACAGGGACAGGCUCGCCGACUUGCCCCUAAUUUCCAAUGGGUCAUACCCAAUAGGCAGGUCAAUGAUGGGAUGGGUGGAGAGGGAGAUGAUAUGGAAAUAUUCAUGGAGGAGAUGAGAGAAAUCAGGAGAAAACUUAGGAAGCUGCAGUUGAGGAAUUGUCUGCACAUCCUUAUGGGGGAGCUCUCUAAUCACCAUGACCAUCAUGACGAAUUUUGCCUUAUGCCUUGACUCCUGCCAUCUCCAAGAGAUUAAUACUGUAAUUUCCACUGUGGUUCUGUUUUUCCCUGCAUUUUCCUGAUAAUGCCUUUACUGAUCUGUUUGCUGUGAACCUUAUGUAAUUUCAACGGGUGGGUUCUGUGUUACCAGCUUCUAAUUGCAGAUUGCCUUGGCACCCAGUCUAAGUUUCUGUCAACAGUGAAGUUUCACCCAUUUGCAUGGAAAAAUGUAGAGUUAAUAAAGUAAUUAAA